AAGUUGACCACCUAACCAAUUAUGGAGGGAAAUCUUCAGUCGCAUCGAGUCGUCCUCCAAGGCACACGUGUCUCGGGUUUCCUCCUGCAAAAAUCCCUUCGGCGCCAAGCUGAGAGAUGGAGAACAGGAUGAAGUGGCUUCUUGUGGGCGUCUUCGGCCUUCUGCUGGCGAUGGCGUUUCUGAAUGUCCCGCUGGAUGUGAAGCAAUAUGGAAAAUCGUUAAGGUCAACUCUUACAGGUGCUGUGGCCUUAGAGACGUCAGGUGUCGCAAACCCUAAGGACUCAGAGACGAUAGGGACCAAGGAUUCAAAGGAGUUUGAACACAAGAAAGUGAAGGUGCCGAAAUACGUGGCAUCAGAGACUUCAGAAGCCGAUUCGGAGACGUCAGAGACUGAGGAUUCAGAGACGUCAGAAGCCGAGGGUUCAGAGGCAUCAGAAGUCAAGAUUGCAAAGACGUCAGAAGCCGAUGAUUUAAAGAUGCCUGAAGCCGAUGAUACAAAGGUGUCACAGACCGAGGAUCCAGAGACGUCAGAAGCCGAGGUUCAGAGACGUCAGAAGCCGAGGAUUCAAAGAUGUUUCAAACCGAGGGUUCAAAGCGGUCAGAAGCCGAGGGUUCAGAGACGUCAGAAUCCGAGGAUUCAGAGACGUCAGAAGCCGAGGGUUCAGAGACGUCAGAAGCCGUUCAGAACGUCAGAAGCCGAGGAUUCAGAGACGUCAGAAGCCGAGGGUUCAGAGCUGUUAAAAGCCGAUACAGAGGUGUCAGCUGCCGAGGGUUCAAAGAUGUUUGAAACCGAGGGUUCAAAGCGGUCAGAAGCCGAGGGUUCAGAGACGUCAGAAGCGAGGGUUCAGAGACGUCAGAAGCCGAGGGUUCAGAGACGUCAGAAGCCGAGGAUUCAGAGACGUCAGAAGCCGAGGAUUCAGAGACGUCAGAAGCCGAGCUGUUAAAAGCCGAUACAGAGGCGUCAGCUGCCGAGGGUUC